CCUGGGUCGUUGAGGUGGUAGUGGAAUCCGGUCCUCUGUGUUCGUGGAGUCUCAGCCGCCGGGGAACUCAAGGCUGGUCUCCGUCCCAUCGGAGCUCCGGAGGCCAAACUUGGAUUACAAGUUUAAGGUUUCCUAGAGGGCGAAACAUAAGGAGCCGAACUUCUCGCUGUGGUGUGUGCGGCGGGAGCGGCGAACCCGACCCGAGUUAAAACUCCCGGGGAGUCUUCGCUGCUCCCUCCUCCGCUUCUCCCCCCACGCUUCCACUUGGGGUCCCCCCGCCCCAGGGCCAGGAGUCGCCGCGGUCGCCGCAGCUUGGCUGGAGGCUGGAUGUGCACCCCCGCGGGUUCCGGGGAACUUGGGGGCGGCCGCUGAGUCCCGCGCGGUCGGAAAGUUUGUGCAGCCUCACCCCGCCUUGUGCAUCUUCAUCCCGGAGGGCCGCCCGGGGGCUUCCACCAUGAUCCACCGUGUCUUCGGCGUGCGCACGUGGGCCCCCCUGGGCAUCCUGGCUUCGGUGGCGUACUGCGUCCACCGGCGUCGCGUGGCCCGGGCCGAGGCCCUGGGGGCGGCCGGCCAGCGGCCGGUCGACCGGAGUCGGCUGGAGCUGAAGAUGGUGCAGGUGGUGUUCCGACACGGAGCGCGGAGUCCUCUCAAGCCGCUCCCGCAGGAGCAGGCAGAGUGGAAUCUCCAGCUAUUAGAGGUUCCACCCCAAACUCAGUUUGAUUACACCGUCACCAAUCUAGCCGGCGGCCCGAAACCACCUUCUCCUUUCGACUCUCAGUACCAUAAGACCAUACUGAAGGGGGGCAUGUUUGCUGGACAGCUGACCAACGUGGGCAUGCAGCAGAUGUUUGCCCUGGGAGAGAGGCUGCGGAAGAGCUAUGUGGAGGACCUCCCCUUUCUUUCGCCAACCUUCAACCCACUGGAGGUCUUUGUUCGUUCCACUAAUAUAUAUCGGAAUCUGGAGUCUACCCGGUGUUUGCUGGCUGGGCUUUUCCAAAGUCAGAAAGCAGGACCCAUCGUCAUCCACACUGAUGAAGCAAGCUCUGAAGUCUUGUACCCCAACUACGGGAACUGCUGGAGCCUGCAGGAGAGGACGAGAGGCCGGAGGCAGGCCGCAUCUUUGCAGCCAGGAAUCUCCGAGGAUUUACAAAAGGUGAAGGAAGGGAUGGGCAUUGCCAGUCAUGAUGGAGUGGACUUCCUCAGCCUCCUUGACAAUGUGGCUGCUGAGCAGGUGCACAAGCUCCCGAGCUGCCCCGCGCUGAGGAAGUUUGCACGGACGAUUGAGCAGAGAGCCGUGGACACGGCCUUGUACGUCAUGCAGAGGGAAGACAGGGAAAGCCUUCAGAUGGCGGUGGGCCCGUUCCUCCACAUCCUGGAGAGCAACCUGCUGAAGGUCGUGGACCCUGCCACCCCGCCCGGCCAGACCAGAAAGCUCUACCUCUACGCGGCUCAUGAUGUGACCCUCAUGCCUCUCUUAAUCGUCCUGGGCAUUUUUGACCACAAAUGGCCCCCGUUUGCUGUGGAUCUGACCAUGGAACUCUACCAGCACCUGGAAUCGAAGGAGUGGUUCGUGCAGCUCUAUUACCGGGGGAAGGAGCAGGUGCCGAAAGGGUGCCCUGACCGGCUCUGUCCCCUGGACAGGUUCUUAAACACCCUGUCCGCUUACACCUUGAGCCCAGAAAAAUACCAUACUCUCUGCUCUCAAGCCCGUGAUUGAACCUGGGAAUGGAGAGUGACUGAUUUAUACCAACAGGAUGCGUCGGGUUUUCAAUAAAGUGCUGUAACACAGUG